AUGGUUCUGUUGCUACACGAGACACAAACACGGACACAGUCACAGAGCACAACGCUCUCACAGACUGUUGCGGUCAGCGCAAUCUGCAAGGAGGGACUCCUCCAAAAGUUAAUCGCCUCCAACGAUAGCAUCUCGUCUGCAACCCAGUCGGAGCUCAUCGACACAGCGUUAGCCUCCACGCUCGACAUCGAGUCAAUCGACCUCCUUGCGUUAAUGACUCUCUGUUACGCGACCAUGCACAAUAGCGAAAACAAGUUUUUUGUCACUUCCUUUCUGAUUUGCCGUGAUUUCGCUCUCUACCGCCGCUCUUCGUCCGUCUAUUGUCACACACAUGAUGAACGGAGAAGGUACCCAGCGUUGCGCGCAAAGUGGAAAACAAAAAGCUUGUGA